AUGACUCUUCAUGGGCCGAGCGCCGGCCGGAGGCCCCCGAAGAGAAGAUGCGCUUUAGGCUGCACCUGCACCAAGGACACGGCGCUGUGCGAGGGAGUCAAGGAGAUCCCCCGCGAUCUGCCCCCGAACCUCAUCUCCCUGUGUCUCAUUCGGUCAGGAUUCACCGAGAUCUUAGAAGGCAGUUUUCAACAGGUGCCGUCCCUCCAGCUGCUCUUGAUCACUUACAACUCCCUGGAACUGAUUGGGGACGACGCUUUUGUGGGACUUGUACACCUGGAAUAUCUGUUCAUUGAACAAAACAGACUGGAAGCCAUCUCCAAGAAUGCCUUCAGAGGCCUGAAGAACCUUCUCCAUCUGAAUUUAGCCAACAACAACUUGCAGACCUUACCAAGGCACCUCUUCCGAGGUUUGGAUUCUUUGACUUCAGUGGACUUGCGGGGAAAUGCUUUCCACUGUGACUGUAAGCUGAAAUGGCUGGUGGAAUGGUUGAGCCACACCAACGCCUUGGUGGAACCCAUCGAGUGCCACUCACCGUCUGAGCUGAACCGCACCAGUCUCAGCGAACUGCGCCCUGGAGGUUUCAAUUGCAUCACCACUGAACUUGUUCUCUUUGAUACUUUGCCAGAGCAAUCUCUUUCAGUAGAGACAUUCAUCUACCAUGGAGAAGAAAAUCUGGUGAUUGCACAGCCCUUUACAGGACGUUGCAACUUCUUGGAGUGGGACCACGUGGCUGGGAAAUUUCACAGCUAUGCCUAUAUCAAUGGUUCUUCCACAGUGGUCUGCAAACCCUUGGUGAUUGAGGGUGAACUCUUUGUGGUUGUAGCUCAGCUCUUCAAAGGGUCACACAUCUACAAGCGACACGAAGCUACGGGACAGUUCCUGCACACCCAGGUCAUUGAGAGCUCACACAUCCGCAAGCCCAACGACAUCGAGGUCUUCCGAGUGGAGGGAGACUGGUAUUUCAUCAUGGCCGACAGCUCCAAGGCUGGCUCUACCACGCUGUACCGCUGGAAUGGUCAUGGCUUCUAUUCCCACCAGUCCUUGCACUCUUGGUACCGUGACACAGAUGCUGAAUUUCUGGAGAUUGCAGGCAAGCCCCACCUCAUCUUGGCCAGCAGCUCCCAGCGCCCCGUUGUCUAUCAGUGGAACAAGCAGCAAUUUGUGCGCCGUACAGACAUUCCCGAUAUGGAUGAUGUCUAUGCUGUCAAGCAUUUCAAGGUCAAGGAGGACGUGUACAUUUGUCUGACACGCUUCCUUGGCGAUUCCAAGGUGAUGCACUGGGACGGUUCCAUGUUUCGAGAUGUCCAGCAGAUGCCUUCUCGCGGCUCCAUGGUCUUCCAGCCGUUGAGCAUUGCCGGAUAUCGCUAUGCCUUUCUAGGCAAUGACUACUCCUUCAGCAAAGUCUACCGCUAUGAUCCCAUCACGGGGCUCUUCCGGCACUUCCAGGAGCUCAACACCCAGGCCCCACGUUCCUUUGCCCACCUCCACGUUGACAAGCAAGACUUCCUGAUCGCCUCCAGCUUCAAGGGCAAGACGCAUAUUUACCGCCACAUCAUCAUCGAUUUGAGUGCCUGAGCCUGAUGACAGUGGGGUUGGGGGGCAUCGAGGGUAGGAGGUGGCGACUGCAGGGAGAGGAGGUGCAGGAGCAGCCAGCCAGCUCCUGAACGUGCAGUACCAGAGGCAACCACUAGGGGGACAGCACUGGAAGCAGAUGCUGUUGAGGGUGCAGUUCUCUGCUGGCCCAAGAUAACAGCUGGCCAGCAGGUGGGAGUUAGGUGACUUAAGAGCCAUAAUCAAUCACUAGCAAAUGCAAGGAGUGGCAGCAGAAGUCAGCAGAAUUUUUUUCUUUUUGACCUGCCAAAUGAUGAUAAACUGAUGCUGCCGUUGCCGGAAAGGGCAAAUAGCUUGCAGCUUUGCAGCGGGGCUAACUCAGAAACCCUCACCCAUAAAGGCCCUUAGUUUUGGAGGGGGAAAUCCUCUCCAGAAUUGUGGAGAAUCUCAUUGCCAACCCAUCCUUUCCCCCCACUCUUUGUUUUAAAUAGUUCGGUUCAUAACAAGGAUGAGGUUGAUUCUGUUGGAUUUCCCCUUCCCCUUUAAUGGAUCCCUGGAAACAGUUUGUUUGUUUGUUUUUUGCUUAUUUUGCCUGCUUGCUUGUUUGGCUAUGUUUUCUUUUGAAAACCUUUUUUAAAAUUGUGGAAUCAUGCAUAAGAUAGCUGUAACCAGUCCUGUGCAUGCCUGUUCAAAAAGCAAACACUGCUUACGGCUGAGUUCACACAAUGCGACAGAGCCAGCUAAACUGCAGUUGGAUAGCUUGAGAUUUGGUUUCUGAGGAUCUGUCGUGCAAACCAGGCCAUGAUGUUAAGCCAUCAUAUGGUUUAUUUGCCUAUCCCAGGUGGAGGGCGCAGGGUAUUGUGUGAACACAGCCAAAGAAUCUUGGAGCUCCUUUAAAUGUAUUAAGGUAUAAGCUUUGUACUUUAUACUUCCCUAAGAAUAAGCCCUGGUGAGCUUAACGGGGGUGAACAGCUCAGCCAGUAGGUACUGGUCUGCCUCCCAGUCAGUCCUGGUGGAAGGCUGCUCCAGCCUUUCAUGGAGAUGGGCCACAUCUUCCCGUGAACAUUUUCCUGCAUUCAGCAGAAGUUCUUCCAAAGCAGAUCUACAUCCUGUAACCAUUAACAGUCACACUGGUUGCAACCAGUAUGUUUUAAUGGCCAUGUUCUACUUUCCAGUGGAAGGAUGUAUAAACCAGUGUUGUCCAAACUUGGCCACUUUAAGAUGAGUGGACUUCA